UUAUCCGGGUCGUCGGCUAGGUGGUAUCUAACAAAGGUCACGCGAUCACGCGCAGUUUCUCUCAUUCUGCUGUGUCGAGCCGUUCGUGAGACAGUCAACAUGAAAAUCUGGUCGACAGAACAUAUAUUUGGGCAUACUUGGGAACAGAUCACCAUGGCCGCCUGGCAGAAGUAUCCCAAUCCCAUGAAUCCAAAUGUUGUGGGAACAGACGUGCUAGAGAGACAUGUGGAUGAUCGUGGCGUACUGCACAGUCAUCGUUUGCUUACUACUGCAAAGUGGAGCGUGCCACGAUUUGUGACUUCGUUUCUCGGUAUCGACGAAUAUUGUCAUGUGUACGAAUAUUCAACUGUUGAUCCGAAGUCAAAGUUGAUGACGUUGAGAUCAGUUAAUCUGUCAUUAUCUGGACUUAUGACUGUACAUGAAACUCUAAAGUAUCAACAACAUCCGGACAACUCAGAGAAGACCUUACUUACACAAGAAGCUAGAAUAGAUGCAACAUCACUAUUAGGAGCUCCUGGUUACUUCGAAGGCUUAGUAGCAGAUGGAUUUACCACUAAUGCAGCAAAGGGAAGAGAGGCUAUUGAGUGGGUCUGCAAGAAGAUCAAUACAGAAAUGCAGGACUUUGCCGCUGGAGCUCAGAGUUUCGUAGCAGGAAUGGGGCUUAGUCAAGAAAUGCCCAAGAGUUAGCAUGAACGUGGUUUAAUAGGUACACGCAAUUUUUUAAGAUGAUAUUAUGACUACAUUAUCAUAAGAGAAAUGGCAAGAUUUGUUUCAAAUGAAACAUUUUGUUGUUUUGUGGGUUGA